CACGUGGUCACCUCGAGGUUACGCAUACGCGUUUUAAGUUGAGGAAGCAUGGUUGAGGAAUAAACGAAGAAUAAGUAAUCUAACAAAUUUUAUAUAUAAACAAAAUGAGUAACUUAGUUGGUUUUAGUGGCACAAAUGGCAAAGGCUUCCCUGAACACUUAUCAAUAGAGCAGCUGAGUCAGCUUGACCACCACAGUGGAACUCAGAAUGAUCCACUUGUUGAGAACCCUGACUCCCUGCUUGACAUCAUCACCCAGUCCUUGCCUGAUUUCAGCAGUCAUGAACUUGACCAGUUGAAUAUGGCACUUGGUGACAGCGAUAUUAGUUGCUGCCUCCAGUCUCAGCAUUUAACACCAGAGGGAGACCCUGAAUUACAAGAUUUCAUUUGUGACAUGAGCACCCUGUUACCUGAGGUGUGCUCUGAAAGAAUUACAAAAUGGUCAGACUUAGUUAAUGCACUUCAGAUGUCACCACAAAAAUACCCCAAGCAUCAGGAGCCAUCAGAAUAUUUGAAGCUCUCAAAGCUAUUACCAGACCAUCUAAACUUACUCAGUGGACCAUUACUGGAAGAUGAUGAAGAUUGGCAAACAUUACUUUCACCUCAUUACCAUGAUCUUCCUACAACUAGCAAUUCAAAACUUUUGAAGAAACAAGACACAAGAGCUACACCUUUUGAUGAGACCAAAGAGUCAAUAGCUAAUCUUUUCCAGCAUUACAAGUUCACCGAUUACAGUCAGAAGAAACCCCCUGAUCCUGGGCCUGCCAUUUCAUCACUGAGAACCUGUAGUGAUUUGUCUAACACGGGUUUCGAAGGUAGCGAGUCAGAUGAAGAGAUAGAUGUUGUUACCGUGGAUGAAGAUGAUAAAGACAGUUGCCGAGCAAAACUUCUUAAUGAUGAUUGCUCAGCAGCUCGCUGUAAUCCUGUUACAAAAGUUUGGUUUAGCAAGCAUGUAAUUCAAUUAAAUGCCUUGAAAAAUCUUUCAACCCAUCUAGAACAGAAUACCUUGGAAAACUGCCAAAGUACAGAAUUUUUAAAUCUCCCAAAACCAGCCCUUGAAGCCACAGACAUGAACAGUUUGUUAGAGCAGUUCGAAGCUUCUGCAGAUAUUAACAGUUCCUUACAACAUGCUCAGAUUGUGCCUAUAGCUGAUGUUGAAGCCUAUAGUGAUACAGCUUCACCAUCUUCAAGAAAAAUCAUGUCCAGAGAUUCUUCUCCCUCCUCCAUAAUCGAUAGAAUUAAAUCAUCGACACUAAACAAGAAAGGUAUUGUGCUCAUAAAACCAGAAGAUGCUGUACAAAGUAAGAAAUCAAAUAAAGGGCCUAAUUCUCAGUCAAAACAUCAGCAACCUGCUGUGACAGAAGUUAGAGGACCUUCAUCUGAUAGUCAAAAUCCUGUUAGCUUCUAUAAUGCUUUGGAUCAUGAUUAUUGUGGUGUUUCUAAAAUCCCAGACUAUUUAAUUCAAUUAUCUCCUCCAAAAAACAGUUUUGGUAGUACAGUGAAAGGUUCUACUGAACCUUCGGUACAAGUAGUUAGACCUUUUCAGAAGACUUCUGAAAUAGAAAAUGAAAGUUUGAUCCCAAACCAACCUGAUACAACUAAGAUGUGUGAGAAAUUACCUGUUUGCUUAAAAGAUGUUUCACAUGACAGUGUUUGUAAAAAGACAGGGGAGGAAUCUCUCUCUGAACUUCCCGGUGACAACAGUGUUCAAAUAGAAAAAGAAGCAGAUGGUACCAGUGUUUACACAAAGAAAGAUAGCAGUUGUCAAAAACGUACAUCUGUUGGUAAGCCUGUUAGAUCAAGGUCAAGAUCCAGGUCCAGGAGAAAAUCUAAUAAUAGAAGUUCUAGCUCUUCUACAUCCCCAGUAAACAGAAGACACCAGAAAAAUCGGCCACAAUCUUCUCGUUCACCAUCUCAUUCCUCAGUUAAUAGUAGAUGUAGUAGAUCAUGGAGUCAUUCCCGAAGUCGAAGCAGCAGCUACUCAAGCAGGAACAGAAGUCGUUCUCCAUCACCUGUGAAGUACAGAAGGAGAUGCUCCAGGUCAAGAAACUCCCGCUAUCAUAAGUCGAGGUCACAUUUUCAAUCUCAACAUUGGGGGUACCGUAGAUUUUACCGAAGAUCUAGAUCUCGUUCUCCACGCAAGUGCUAUGUGAGAUCAUCCAGUGAAAAAAUAUCUACCCAGGAGAGAAGGAAAAAGAAGUUUUUGGAAGUAGAGGAGCGUAGAGUGAUCUACGUUGGUAAUAUUCCUGAAGGCACCACUCGCACAGACCUCCGGAAUAGGUUCUGUAAGUUUGGUCCAAUUGAGGAGGUGAGCGUCCAUCUUAGGGACCAUGGAGAUAACUAUGGCUUUGUUACCUUUCACAAUAGAAGUGAUGCAUUCGAAGCUCUAGAACAUGGCAAUGAUGAUGCUUCAUAUCCCAAAGUAGACCUGUGUUUUGGAGGUCGUCGUCAAUUUUGUAAAAAUAGCUAUGCUGAUUUAGAUUCUCAAGCACAACACAGUGCUCAAAAGCCAUUUAGAAAUCGAAAUUUAGAUUUUGAUUCCCUUCUGCAAGCAGCAAAGGCUAAUGUUGGAUACAAAUAACAGAGAAGAAACUAGGACUUAGAAAAGACAUGUUUACAUGAACAGAAUGAUUAGUGUCACUCCAACACAUCCAUCAACCGGGUAUAUAUAUAUGUGGUAAUUGAAAUGUGAACUUAUAAGAAAGUUUGUAUUUGACAUGUUUUUUGUUAAGUAAGAUUCAUAACCUAGACAUUUCAGUGUAACUUCUCUUUGAAUAGUGUCAGUUGCCUUUGUCUCUGUUCUAACUUAGAAAACUGCAAAAUAAUCUGGGACUGUUACAUUGAUUUGUUUCCUGUGUUUGCACUUUAUUAAUAAAAACGUGUAUUAGUUGCCAUGCAACUUACUUGAUUUGAAAAAAAUUCAAAGUAUUCGGUGUAAGUUGCAUGUGACUUUUUUCUUUCAAAUUUUUAUAUGUAUAUAUAAUAGUGUCACUGGACAUUAUUUGUACUAACUUGUAGUUUUCCAAGGUUUAUAAUUUUAGAAGAACU